ACAGCUGCAUCAGCUGUGAGCCCGACAGAAAACCCCUUUUACUGCCCAUCGCUGCUUUGACAACAGAAACAUAUAUGAGAUUUCCUAUUACUCCUGAAAUGGCGUCACAAGAUGUACAACCAAACGAGUCUCUUUCAAACCUAAAAACGGAAUCGGAGACGUUGAAGAUUAAGCUCGAAGAUGAAAGAGCAAAGCUGCAUGAUGUCGAACUACAUCAAGUGGCUGAUAAAUUAGAUGGAUUGGGCCAGUUUGUGAUGAAGACCAGGCGCACUUUGAAGGGGCAUGGCAACAAGGUUCUUUGCAUGGAUUGGUGUAAGGACAAGCGGAGGAUUGUCAGCUCUUCACAGGAUGGAAAAGUAAUUGUGUGGGAUGCCUUCACAACUAACAAGGAGCAUGCUGUGACAAUGCCGUGUACCUGGGUGAUGGCCUGCGCCUAUGCUCCGUCGGGUUGUGCUGUGGCCUGUGGGGGGCUGGACAACAAAUGCUCAGUGUACCCUCUGUCUCUGGACAAGAAUGAGAAUCUCGCAGCUAAAAAGAAGUCUGUGGCCAUGCACACAAACUACCUUUCUGCCUGUAGCUUCACCAAUUCGGAUAUGCAGAUCCUUACAUCGAGUGGAGAUGGAACAUGUGCAUUAUGGGAUGUUGAGAGCGGGCAGCUGUUGCAGAGUUUCCAUGGACAUGCUGCAGAUGUGCUGUGCUUGGACUUGGCCCCUUCUGAGACAGGAAACACCUUUGUGUCAGGGGGUUGUGAUAAGAAGGCCAAUGUUUGGGACAUGCGCUCGGGGCAGUGCAUCCAGUCCUUUGAAACCCACGAGUCAGACAUCAAUAGUGUCAGGUACUAUCCCAGUGGAGAUGCGUUUGCGUCGGGUUCAGAUGAUUCUACGUGUCGACUGUAUGACCUGAGGGCAGAUCGAGAAGUGGCCAUUUACUCCAAAGAGAGCAUCAUAUUUGGUGCCUCAAGUGUGGAUUUCUCUCUCAGUGGUCGGUUACUUUUCUGUGGCUACAACGAUUACACCAUCAACGUAUGGGAUGUUUUGAAGGGGACCAGAGUGUCUAUUCUGUUUGGACACGAGAAUCGUGUGAGCACUCUGCGUGUGUCUCCAGAUGGAACAGCCUUCUGUUCUGGCUCCUGGGACCAUACCCUGAGGAUCUGGGCCUAAAGAUGGAAACGAAGACAGUGAAAGAGAAAACGUCAGCUGAAAGAGAUGGAAACUCUGCCUCAGUACAAUCAUAGAUAUGUGUUUAGGUGUAUUCCACGUGAUACAAGUUUAAUAUAUCAUAUACAAAUGCAUAUCAGAUAAACAACUUUAUAGCAUUGGGGACUAUCAUUUUUAUUGUGAUUAAUUUGCAAGGUGGAAGAUAUUUAGAAGCAUUGAAAAUGUUGAAGGAAACCUUUUUGGCUGAUUAGAUGAAUACUGUACAUGGACGCUUUGCUCAGAUUGUUUCAAUCUGUUGGAUAAACAAAAGUGUACAUGAUGAUGUAGAAAUGUGCAAAAAUGCGUAGAGACUGUUUGUUGAAUGUUCUGGUCUUAAUAUAUAAUUAUUUAGUAAAGCUUUGCUGACAUACCAGUGAUAGAGAAGAAACCACCCAGAAGACAAGUCUGUCUCACUUUAUGUCACUUUAUCUUCCUAAUAAUUUAGUGUUGUACUUUUUAAUGUUUUCUUCCCGUAUUCCUCAACUACGUAUUCCUCUACUGUGGAAUUUACGUUUUCUGUUACUUGAGAGAUCCUGGCCUACACAGUAGACGAAUUCCUGAUGUUUAUCAGCACUCAAAUAAAAACAAUCCACCUAUUAGAAUGAAGACUACUUCUGUUUGUGCCAUUGGUGUAUUAAUCAUAAUUUUAAUUCUUGUUGCAAUUAUUUUACUGUAGUUAAAUGUAUAUAGCUUACAAGUUGCUAAAAUAAGGAAACAUUUACCCAAAUCACAAAAACAUAAUAAAC